GCCAUGUGACUUAUGCAAACCUGGGUGCGGACUGUAGUUCGCCCACUGAUCUUUGGCUCUGCUAGUCAAGCAACGGCAGACGACACAACACCAAAAUGCUAAAUGUGCGCAGCGCCCUGGUGACGGGGUCCAACCGAGGCAUUGGCUUGGAGCUGGUCCGGCAGCUGGUGGGGAAAAACAAUGGGCCAGAAUGGGUCUUUGCCACCUGCCGGGACCCAGAGGGACCACGUGCCCAGGACUUGAAGAACCUGGCUGCCAAAUAUCGGAGUGUCAAAAUCCUCCCAAUGGAUACUAGUGAUCCAUCCAGUAUCAAGACCGCUGCUGCCAAAGUUACUGAAAAGCUGCAAGGAGCCGGGCUGAAUCUCCUGAUCAACAAUGCUGCGAUUGUAAGGCCAAACACUCUGGAAUUGGAGACAGCAGAAGACAUGGCUGAAGUGUACAAAACGAACUUGAUAGGGUCCAUGGUGGUGACCCAGGCUUUCCUGCCCUUGCUGAGGAAGGCGUCUCAGGAAAGCCCCCAGAAAGGGAUGAGCUGCAGCAAAGCCGCCAUUGUCAACGUGUCCAGUGAAGCUGGCUCCAUCACCAGCCUCCUUGCGUGGGAACAUGGACAUGUCAUUAAUUACCGUUGCAGCAAGGCUGCUCUGAACAUGCUCACCCGGUGCCAGUCCCUGGGAUUUGCAGAAGACGAGAUCCUGUGCAUCGCAUUGCAUCCUGGAUGGGUGCAGACAGACAUGGGAAACGCAGCGGGACCAGCCCCGCUGACGGUGGAUGCAAGCGUGGGAGCCGCCCUGAACACCCUCGGCCGUCUCACUGAGAAAGACAACGGCACGUUUGUGAACUGGGAGGGGGCAGCCGUGCCUUGGUGAGACCCCCCACCCCCCCCAACUUGAAGAAGAAACAUCUCACGUGUGAGGAAGAUGUGGGAUGCGCAUGUGUGUUUUUCUUUGCCUUCGUCUGCAAUAAAUUUACCGUAAC